AUGCGAACCGCAGCCGUACCUUUGCGACUUGCCUCUCCCUUUUCAGCCCCUAAAUACCAGACAUAUCGCUCAAGUGUCUUCGCCACCCUCCCUCGGGAGCACCGCCAACGACUGUCCUCAAUGGCGUCAGAAUCACUCAACUCGUCCCAAGAGGACAUGCAUGGGCGUCGCCACAGCACAGUUAGAAAUAAUACUGAGAGGAUCCCGAGAACUCCAUAUGCGGCUCAUGCUGCUGCUGGCGCAGCAGCGGCGCGCGCAUUUUUCCCGUUGGGAUACCGAGAAGGCUUCAAUCAAUGGUGGGCUCGUAUACCUGCAGCCGCUGCUGAACAUAAAGUCCUCUCUUACCUGCCUUACUUGCAUCACCAGCCCCCCACCCACCUCCAAACUGGAAACACCGCAGAGCUCCCCGGUGGGACUACCCCUACAAGUCUCGAGAGUGCAGACCCUAAUCAGCUGGGUGAGGUCACCACCAACUCCCUCGAUGACCCUUAUGGCCCUCGCCGAUGGCGCUCCAGCAUGGUAGAACUGAGCGGGCAAGACCGCGCGCUCAAUGAGUUCUCGGUGGAGAGGGUCGGCGAGGAAGCAAAUCAACAUUUGGUCAUGCUACACGGCUACGGCGCCGGACUUGGAUUCUUCUAUAAAAACUUCGAACCACUGAGUCGGUUGAAAGGCUGGCAACUCCAUGCCUUGGACAUGUUAGGCAUGGGCCGCAGCACUCGGCCUUCAUUCAAAAUCAAGGCAAAGGAAAGAGAAGAAGCCAUCAGGGAAGCUGAGGCUUGGUUUGUAGAUGCCUUGGAAGAAUGGCGCAUCAAACGGAAGAUUGAUCGCUUUACCUUGCUUGGACACAGUCUCGGCGGGUACAUGGCGGUUGCCUAUGCGCUCAAAUACCCCGGUCAUCUGAACAAGCUUAUCCUGGCGUCUCCAGUUGGCAUCCCAGAGGACCCAUAUGCUGUCACCGCAGAUGUGGCUGAGCCUCCAGCAUCAACAAUGGCCAACGAGCUUACUCAAGACCAGCAAGAUAUCACUUCAUCUACUACCAUUCCGGAGACGGUACCAAAAACAACCGACGGUAGCUUUAUCACUGGGAGACAACCACCCCAGCCUGGUGCAGCCGCCACACCUCCACGACGGAAUAUCCCUAAAUGGUUAUCGUAUCUGUGGGACGCCAAUAUCUCCCCCUUCAGUCUGGUGCGAUGGGCUGGUCCUUUAGGCCCACGUCUCGUGUCUGGAUGGACUUCUCGUCGAUUCUCCCACCUACCAGCCGAGGAAGCUAAGGCACUCCACGACUAUUCAUACUCGAUCUUCAGUCUUCGCGGUAGCGGCGAGUACGCGCUAGCAUACAUUCUUGCCCCUGGUGCUUUCGCUCGCAGUCCUCUCAUCCACCGUGUACACGGCCUCGGAAGACAAAUAAUACAAAACACAAAUGCCCUCCCUCAUCCAGUUGCCGCCGCCACCUCUCCAUCAACAAGCUCCGAGAAUACACCCGCCUCCACAGCUGCUCCUUCAUCUGAAUCUUCCGCACCCGCUCGGCGCGAGAAGGGUCUUCCCGUGGUAUUUAUGUAUGGUGAUCACGACUGGAUGGAUGUCUCGGGUGGACAUGCUGCUGCUGCUAGACUGGAAGAAGAAAAGCGCAAGGUUCUAGAAAAGGCCACCCUAGAGGAGCAGCGUACCGACGAAGGUUCCUCUAAGGUGGUCGUUGUGAAGCAGGCUGGCCACCAUUUGUAUCUCGAUGGAUGGGAGGAAUUCAACAAUAUUGUGCUCAACGAGAUGGAAGAGGUCAGCCAGAGGGAGAGAAGUCGUCAGUCAUGA